ACAUGACGUCAGCCGGCUACGUGCUUGAGCCUGCCUGAAAAUGUUCUCCCGUGUUGUUGGAUUUAGAAGGAGCGCAGGACUUUGCGGCGGAAUUAUGUCUUUUUAUCCAUGAAGAAAACAGCCCUCGUCUUCUUGUAGUGAAGUCUUUGCGGUCCCGCUCUUUCAUGAAACUGUGAUUUUUCCGGAGGGCUGUCUCCGAGGGGAAGUUUGACUGAUCCUUUUUUCUCCCGAAGUGAUGUCGAAUCCUGGGAGUCGGAGGAACGGGUCCAGCAUCAAAAUUCGACUGACAGUAUUAUGUGCCAAAAACCUCGCAAAGAAAGAUUUCUUUCGCCUUCCAGAUCCGUUUGCCAAGGUGGUGGUAGAUGGAUCGGGUCAGUGCCACUCCACAGACACAGUCAAGAGCACACUGGACCCCAAGUGGAACCAGCACUAUGACCUCUACAUUGGAAAGACUGACUCCAUCACCAUCAGCAUAUGGAACCACAAGAAGAUUCACAAGCGACAGGGGGCGGGGUUUCUGGGUUGUAUACGACUGCUUUCUAACGCCAUCAGCAGGCUAAAAGACACGGGAUACCAGCGACUAGAUCUAUGUAAGCUUAACCCCUCUGACAGUGAUGCAGUCAGAGGUCAGAUUGUAGUGAGCCUGCAGACCCGGGACCGCAUUGGCAAUGGUGGGCCUGUAGUGGACUGUAGAGGACUGUUGGAGAAUGAUGGGCCUGUUUUUGAGGGGUGUUUCAACGAAGAGCCACUGCCCUACUCCGACUCCACCGGUGCUGCAGGGGGGUGGAGCUGCCGGCUUGAAUCCCCUGUUCAGGAGAACCAUCUGCAGACGCAACGAAUCCGAGGGCAGGACUCUAGAGGGCACGGCCACACCCCCCAGAACAGACCCCCCGGGCAUCAACCGCCUGAUCUACCAGAAGGAUAUGAGCAGCGAACGACAGUUCAAGGCCAGGUGUACUUCCUUCACACACAGACAGGGGUCAGCACCUGGCACGAUCCGCGGAUACCUCGGUAUGACUUCACUGGAAAUAAGGACCUGGCCAGCGUGAGCUGCGAGGAGCUCGGCCCUUUACCUGUCGGCUGGGAGAUCCGCAGCACCGUCUCCGGCCGCAUCUACUUUGUCGACCACAACAAUCGAACCACACAGUUCACAGACCCACGCCUACACAACAUCAUCAGCCAGCAAUCCCAGGCCAAGGAGUCAUCCCAGGUCCCCCAGAUGGAUGUGGGGGUUGAGGAGGGGGGAGGCGGAGGAGUGAGCGGGAACGGAGGAGGCGACGGGGAGGUGGCGGCGCGUUACGAGAGAGAUCUGGUGCAUAAGCUGAAGCUGCUCCGCCACGAGCUGUCGCUGCAGCAGCCACAGGCAGGACACUGUCGCAUCGAGGUGUCCCGAGAGGAGAUCUUUGAGGAGUCAUAUCGACAGAUCAUGAAGAUGAGGCCUAAGGACCUGAAGAAACGGCUGAUGGUGAAGUUCAGAGGGGAGGAGGGCCUUGAUUAUGGUGGAGUGGCGAGGGAGUGGCUGUACCUGUUGUGUCAUGAAAUGUUGAACCCCUACUACGGCCUGUUCCAGUACUCCACGGACAACAUCUACACCCUGCAAAUCAACCCCGACUCCUCCAUCAACCCUGACCAUCUGUCGUAUUUCCACUUUGUGGGUCGUGUGAUGGGCCUGGCAGUCUUCCACGGUCACUACAUCAACGGUAGCUUCACGCUGCCAUUCUACAAGCAGCUGCUGGGCAAACCCAUCCAGCUCAACGACCUGGAGACCACCGACCCGGAGUUGCACAAGAGCCUGGUCUGGAUACUAGAAAAUGACAUCACUUCAGUCCUUGACCACACGUUCUGUGUGGAGCACAACGCCUUUGGGAAAUUAUCACAGCAUGAACUCAAACCAAACGGCCGAAAUGUUGCGGUCACCGAGGAGAACAAGAAAGAAUACGUCAGAUUGUAUGUGAACUGGAGGUUCAUGCGUGGAAUCGAGGCUCAGUUUCUGGCUCUUCAGAAGGGAUUCGGUGAGCUGAUCCCACAGCAUCUUCUCAAACCUUUUGACCACAAAGAACUGGAGCUAAUCAUCGGUGGACUUGGGAAGAUAGAUCUUGCAGACUGGAAGACCAACACCCGCCUGAAGCAUUGCACAAGUGAGAGUAAUGUGGUGCGGUGGUUCUGGCAGGCCGUGGAGGCCUUCAGCGAGGAGAGGAGAGGACGUCUGCUGCAGUUCGUCACGGGCUCCACCCGCGUCCCCCUGCAGGGGUUCAAAGCAUUGCAGGGCUCUACAGGUUCUGCAGGACCAAGGCUCUUCACCAUUCACUUGAUAGACGCCAACACAGACAACCUGCCUAAAGCUCACACAUGUUUCAACAGAAUAGACAUCCCUCCAUACGAGUCCUACGAGAAGCUUUAUGAGAAGCUGCUGACGGCUGUGGAGGAAACCUGCGGCUUCGCUGUGGAGUGACGUGUCCACCGGCGACUCUUCAUACAGUCACGCCUGCACUUGCACACAACUGUGUCACAUUAACACAAAUACACACACCCUCCCAAAAUGAAAAAGCCUCACGAGAACACCCACCGCCCGCGGUUCGCCGUGCGCCUCCGGACCGACGUGGCGGCGGGAGGAAGCACAGCAGCGUGAGGACAGGGCAGAAAAGUAUUUUAAACCAAUUUUCAACCCGUUUUGGAGAAGCAUUUCUACCCUUCAGUUUUAACAAGCUAUGAUGUCAUUCUUCUGAAUGUCUAACCACAAGAAAACAGAACUUUUGUCGCACUUGAGUCUCUGGACUGAACCGGACAGUCACACGCCGGCCCGCCAGCGGAGACUUCGGAGCGGAGAACAAAGCAAAGAACUGUCUGAGCGACUGUAACUCAUGCUUCACGUCUAACCACUUUGAUGUGCGUUUUUAUGUCCGGGUGCAUGAUGGAGAGUGUGAGUUGGUGUGAAUGUCGAUGUGUGUGUCCAGCAUGGCGCUCAAGUUAUGCUGUUUAAAAGACAAAAAAAAAAACGAUCAAAUGAGCCUGAUCCUCGGUUUGGCGACCACUCUCAUCCACUCUGAUGUUUUAUUAUUUAUUACUAAGUGAUGACUGACCAAGCUGCUAUAUGCUCUACGACGAGCUCGUGCUAAUCUGUUACCCCUCCACUGCUUGACGCUCAAGCAGUUCAAGCAAUCCACAAAGUGGGUUUUAUUGAAUUGUUCCUUUUUUUAGCAUUCAUAUCACUGCGGAGAAUUACUCUGGCAGCGUAUGAUUAAAGUUGGUGUUUUUAUAUACCAGGUUACAAUAAAGUCAAAGGGAGAUUAUAUUCCCUGCUCUAAUUUUUAGAAAUCUAACUCAAUUGAUGUUCUAAAGGUGGAUAAUGUUCUUUUUUUUUUUUUUGUAUCUGAAUGAGCCUGAAUCAUGAAAACAUAAAGGCACUUUUGGGAGUUUUUUAUUUGUGGCAUGUUUUCUAAGCCUUUUAUUCAUGUUACAAUGCCCAUCUUGCUGUCUUUUAUCCAUGACCUUUCUCUGCCCAUCUUCUGUUCACUACAGCCCAUUAAAACGCCAUAAAAAUGAAAAAUCCCAAAAGAAGGAAAUCAGUUUUAAAGGUGGAAUAAAACACGGAAAAACCUUUAACUCUGUUGUGGAUUGAAGACUGUUACAAAAGCAUUAUUAUGAUUUCAGACGACGUUUCUUUCUAGGGUCAGAGUUCACUGUGUAAUGGAUGCAAAGUAUUGUAACUUACAAUGUACUAAACAUUUAUGAAAAAAUAAAAUGUAAAUAAGAUUAUAUUAAAUGAAUUAAAUUGAAAAGAAAAUCUAA